AACCAAACCUGCCUCGUGGGGUUUUGGCCGUGCAGAGGGCCUUUGCCUGGAUAAGUGCAUGGCCGAAGCAAGUUGUCCCUUCGUUGCGUUAUGGGCAUAGUCAGUAAAUAUCCUUUUACCGUUCUUUCUGUAGGGUCAUCUGUAGUAGUCAAUAAUGAGAAAAUGCAUACAACAAGGUAAUACGAAUAUAAUCGAUCCUUCUCAAUAAACUCAUUUUAGUUUGCUAGCCUUGUAAGGAACAAUCCCUUAUGAUUGUGUCGUCUUGUUCCGUCUACUGUUUUUCCAUAUCAUUAUUAGAAGAAGCCAAAACACCAACGGAUUCACAUUCAUUGCUAAUUCCAUCACACAGACUCUGUAGAACUCAUACGAAUAUAGUAUAGAACCCACGCAGACUCUAAUGCCAGUCUACCAAACUAAUGCGAACAACAAGAAGCAUUGUCGCGCUUGCAAGACGCCAGGCAGCGCGACUCUUAAUUUUCCCUCCAACUGGCCCAAAACACGUUCUUUUUUGAAAGUCGCGAAUGAUGGUACACUUUUGAUUUGUGAUUGCUCUCUGACAAGAUUCUUUUUGAUGACAGACAUGAUGCGACUUAGCUUAGUUUAUAAUUCUCAAGAUAGUUGUACCUGCACUGGAUAUAAUGCCUAGUUAUACUGACUCUUGCCUUUAAUUCGGGUGUACUAGGAAACGGAAAGCCAGUCAGUAGUUGACUGUUUUAUGUUAUUUAGUUGAGAUAGACAAUCCUCGUUAUCAUCAGAUUGAUAUCGAAUCCUAUCAUCUUUACAACAGCUGCGUCGAGUACCCUAACGGUCAACAAUGCGC